AAAAAAUAAUAACGCAGCAGGAAGUGUGUUUGUCAUGCUGGAACACUGAAGAUUUCUGUAACUGGAUUCGAGUUACUGGAUUCAUUCAAACAUUUUAUAAAAGCAAAGCAGUCAAUAUCCAUAUGUCUCCGGCCUCUGGAAUGUUGCUCGACGAGACUCCCCUGUUUGAUCCUUCUCUGCUUCAAGAGCUGGACUGGAGCAACAACACUGUCUCCUUCUCACCUGCUAUUUCUCCCUCUCAGCCUGGAGAAGGUCUGGUCCUCCGUCCUCUCUGUACUGCUGACCUAGACAGAGGCUUUUAUAAGGUCUUAUCACAGCUCACAGUGGCUGGGGAUGUCACAGAAGAACAGUUCAAAGCAAAUUUUGAACAUAUGAAGAAAUCUGGAGACUAUUAUGUCAUAGUGGUUGAAGACACAAAUCUUGGACAAAUUGUUGCCACAGCAACACUCAUCAUAGAGCACAAAUUUAUCCAUGCUUGUGCAAAGAGGGGGCGUGUGGAAGAAGUGGUUGUGAGUGAUGUAUGCAGAGGAAAACAGCUGGGAAAACUGUUGGUAUCAACAUUGACUCUCCUCAGCAGAAAACUGCAGUGCUACAAAGUAACGCUGGAGUGUGCGCCGAAAAAUGUGGAGUUUUAUAAGAAGUUUGGCUACUCCGCUUCAGAUGAGACUUACAUGCAGUGCCGGUUCUUGGACUGAAUCCAAAAGAAUGUUGAACAUCACAGAAUGCUUGCUUUAGAACUCUUAAUCUGUUCUAUUUUCUGAGAUUGGACUACCUCGAACUUGCACAUUUUUUAGCCAGCAAAAAAAAGAAAAACUUGAUAAUUUGGUGACAAGGAUUGUCACAAUAUCAAGAUAUUCUGAAAUAUGCAUUUUGAAUUCACUACAACACAGAACAAUGUGCAUAUUCAAGAACGUUUCUUAAUGUACGCAGCCAACAUCAAGCACUUGCUUUGAAAGUUAUUCAGUUUUCUGUUUAAAAUGUGUUUUCACUUCAGAUAACUUGCUAUAGAAACAGAAAUCAUGUCUGAUCACAUAUAGAAUGUGUGGUUUACAUUGCCAGCCACAAAAAGUAACACUGUGGCCUGUCUACGAGAAAAGACGAAACAUUUUGCUUUAUAGAAGGGCUUACAUACUUGAACGUUUUCUAAUGUAAAGAUUUAUAUCCAAGUUUAUUUUUAUUUUUUUUGAAGAGGGAAAACAAACCGUUUCAAACCCAUUUUGUUUCCAAAUAUACUAUUU